AUGGAGGACAGUGCGGAAAUGCUGAAUGCCCACAAAGCUCAUGUGGAACACCACCACCAAGUCGACGGGGCCGCUCAGCAGAAAGCCGAUGCAGUCCUCGAUGCCUGCAGAUGGAGAGAUGUUUCGAAACUGACGCGUCUUGCAGAAUCAUCUGGAGGAUUCUUGACUGAUGACCUUCGCAGGUUAGCCUGGCCAAUUUUGCUUGGACUUUCUCUGGACUCAUCAAGUGCUGAGGAUGCUGUCGGGGAGCAAGACUAUUCCGAGGCUUCCGUUGCCUGGACGAAGCUGGCUCCUCAUCGUGAUGAGGACCAGGUACAACUCGACGUUAACAGAUCGUUCAUCUACUAUCCCAAUGACAAAACCGACGCACAGUUGGAUAAAUGUAAAUCCGAGCUUUCCUGCCUCAUUGUGGAGGUGCUUCGUCGCCACCCGUUUCUUUGCUACUUCCAAGGCUAUCAUGACAUUUGCCAAGUGUUCCUGCUAGUCCUGCAGCCAGCUUACCGAGUCCCCGCUGUUGCGAGGUUAUCAAUCCUCCGCAUCCGAGAUUUCAUGCUCCCGAGCCUGGGACCAACAACUGCGCAGCUGAAGCUGCUGCCAGAUCUUCUGGCCAGGGCCAAUCCUAGAUUACGGAAACACAUUGCUACAAUAGAACCCUUCUAUGCGUUGGCGGGCACACUAACCAUGUAUGCCCACAACAUAGAGGCAUAUCGUGACAUUGCUCGGCUUUUCGAUGUUUUCCUAGCCAGGGAACCCGUCUUCACCAUCUACGUUUUUGCGCAGAUUAUGAUAAAUCGACAGGACGAGAUCCUCGAGAUUGAUGAGACUGACAUGCUGCAAGCGGUACUUGCCAGAGUGCCGCCGAAUAUGGAUCUUGACGCUCUGAUAUGCAACGCGGUUGGCCUCUUCGACAAGUAUCCACCGGAGUCCCUGCCCGCCUGGCGCCGAAUAUCCAGCCGCAGCUCACUGAAGACGGCCCGAGAUAUCGCUGCCUGCACCGACCAAACCCUGGAAGAGGGCCAGGGCUUCUUCGAGGAACAAGUCCAGGAGGUUCGCUGGCUUGAAAUACGAAGCAGGAUAUUCGCAACCAUCUGGAGAUAUCGUCGUCCGAUCAAGGCCUUUGGCCUAGCGGCUGCGGUGGCCACCGUGGCUCUCUACCUGCGGCGAAGUCCGUCCAUCAUUCAUUACAUCAUGUCAGUGUUUAACAAAGGGGGCAAAAACCCAUCGUAUUGA